AUGGCGGUGUGUAACCCCUCUGAUCGUAACAACUCGCUAGCCUACUCAAAAAUAAAGCUGCCUCCUGCAAACCAUCCCUACAGAAAUGCAAGGGGCGGGCAGUCAGAGAGCAGUGAAAGGGGAAGGGCCAAAUGGCGGCUGGAAGAAGGGGGCUCUGAAGCGUGGGCCUCGCUGCUGGGUAACCAUUAUGGUCAACCUCCUCAAAUGAUCCGUGGACAGUUUCUUCCAAAAUGUGAAAUUAAAUUAAAAUGCAGAACAAGAGCUAGUUUGUCUGAAGCUAGGAACAAACUGUCAUUUGCCAUACAGCCAUACAGCACUUGGCAAACUACAGUGGAUUCAAAUGAGAUGAGAAAAUUCCAACUAUUGGCACAUAAAUGGUGGGAUGAGCAAGGACAAUAUGCAGCCCUUCAUUCUAUGAAUGAUAUCAGAGUGCCGUUUAUUAGAGAUACUGUUUUGAAUAUGAGAAAUGACCAUCCACUAGGAAGCCCUCUCUCUGGCACAAAGAUCCUGGAUGUUGGUUGUGGUGGUGGAUUGCUUGCUGAACCCCUAGGUAGACUUGGAGCUUCGGUUACUGGAAUUGAUCCUCUGGAAGACAACAUUAGAACAGCAGAACUGCAUACAUCAUUUGAUCCAGACCUAGCAAAGAGAAUAGAGUACAAAUCCUGUGCACUGGAGGAUAUUGUGGAAGAGGCAUCAGAAAAAUUUGACAUCGUUGUUGCUUCUGAAGUAGUAGAACAUGUGGCUGAUGUGGAAAUAUUCAUCAAGUGUUGUGGUGAAGUGUUAAAACCUGAAGGCUCUCUUUUUAUUACUACGAUCAACAAAACACAGUUGUCCUAUGUAUUGGGCAUUUUGGUUGCUGAAAGAGUGCUGGGCAUUGUUCCAGCGGGCACCCAUGAGUGGGAGAAGUUCAUAGCACCUGAAGAGCUAGAGCGGCUUCUAGAAUCAAAUGGCUUUUCAGUCAAGACAGUGAAAGGAAUGUUAUACAACCCUCUCUUUGGGUCUUGGAGCUGGACUGGAAACACUAGCAUUAACUAUGCACUUCAUGCUGUGAAAUCAAGUACGCAAGAAUACUUGGAUCCAAAUGAAACAUUUCAGAAUGUGGGGAAAGAACAGAACAGCCCCAAACAGAAAUCAAAAUUGCUGGUUAAAACAUGAAGACAGAUUGACAGUAUGAGUCUGGAGGGAAUUUGGCAUAAAUGGCUAUAAUGAACCAGCAGAGAACAAGCAAGCUGGUGUUCACAGUGCUGGGCAUUUAAAUGCAUCUCCUUAACUCAGUCUUGUGGUAGGAGAAAAAAAAAAUCUUCUUUUACAGUGUUAAGAGGCACAAAGCUCCUAAAGAUGAGGGUAUUUAAACAAGAAGUCAACUGCAUGCCUAUAGAUUAGGUGUUUUGUGCAAGUUAUUGGGAAAGAUUUGGGUUUUCAUGCAGAAUUUUUAAGGCUUUAAAUUUAACUGCAGUAAAGAGUAGCAGUUUGUAUUUCUAAAGUAGCUGAAUUUCUUUUCUUAUCCAGAUUCAGCAGUUUGCCUGUUUUACACACACACACAUUUACUUUUGACAGCUUGUAAUUAAUCUUGUUUUGAAUUGUGAUAUUUUAGAUAGAGUGAAUACUAACAAGGUUCAGCUGAAUGCAGUGCCCAUUUCUGCAAGACUCCUGUUCAAGGUAAAAGUGAGCACACAACUUUUUGAUACAUUCUUCCUAUAUGGAAAAGUUAGGCAGGGAAACAGAAAUGACAUCAUGUGAGUUACAUUUCUGAGAAUAUGAAAAAGAGGAGAAUAGCCAUGUGCCAUCUUUUCAGUGUAAGCUUUUAUGAGCUAUAGCCUAUUUCUCCACAUGCAAGAGUAUAUGAAGAAAUGGAGUAGGUAAGAUUAUGGUGAAACCAAUUUGUUAGUCUUAAAAGUGCCUUAAGACUACUUAUUCCUUCCCUUUUUAUAUUAAGCAGACUUUCACAUCUGCCUCUUUGAAAAUCAGGGAAUAUACAUAUGUGUGAGCAAACAGGCAGGGAUUCUUCAUGUCUGACAGUGUGUCUGUUUUUCUUUGUAUGUACUUAAAUAAAAUAAGAUGGAGAAAGGGAAGAGCACAACACCCCUCCCUGUUCCCUUCCUUUGAAGCCAGUUGAGUGCCAAAAAUCUAUACACUAAAAAAGCAUGUUUUCUAAUUGAAAAAGCAGUAGACCAACAUAGCUUCCCCAGGGCCCAUUCACACUACACAAUUAUAGCAGUAUUACACUUUAAUGAACAUGGUUCCAUUUUAUGAAACCUGGGUUUUAUAAUUUGGUGCAGCACUGGAGUACUCUGACUGAGAAUACUAAAUGCCCCUCCCUAGUCUGCAUAUCCCUUGAUUCCAUGGGAUGGAACCAUGGCUGUUAAAAUUAAAUAAUACAGUGGACCCUUGUUAUACGCUGGGGUUUGGUUACAAGAUCUCCCGUGUAUAACAAAAUCCGUGUAUGCUCAAGUCCUAUUAAAUAUAAUGACAUAGCAAAAUGGUGUCCCUUAUAAAAAAUGGAAAAUCAAGGUAAUCAAGAACCAAAUCCCCAAACUCCAGACCAGCUUGCCUCAUAGUCAUGUUCCUCCUGGCCAGUUCCCACUAUAGAUCAUCCACCAAGGUGCUCAAAGCAAUGUCUGAUCCAUAACAAGGCUCAAAACCAGAAUGAAAAGGAACUAGAUAAUCUAUUUUAUCCAGGAAUUGGCACUGACAAUUUGCCACACACUCCAGUACCUUGCACACAAAUUGUAUUCCAUAUACAUGUUGAUAAUUAUGUAAUGUGGAGGUUAGGAAGGGCUUUUAGUAGUACCACUUUGAGGCACACUGGAACCUUGCUUGGCUGCUAAGACAUUCACCACCACCACCACCCUUGGCUGGUAUCUCUCCCAGGUCACAGGAAGGGCUAGGGUCCAACAUGUGUGGUGGCUGCCACUUCUUAAAGAAUCUUGUCUAUCACCUUGGACUGUACAUGUUUAAAAAACAAAACAAUUCUUAACUUCUAAAUAAGAAAGGUUUAGUGCCUUAUGCACUAGGACUAUGGUAUCCAAGUCAAAAUGGAUAAAGCAAUUUCACUGUUGAUCCGUCUGUUGAGUGGUCUCCACUGUCUUCUUGUGGACCAAAGCAGCACUUCUUAGAUAAAGGAAACCAACAUUUUUCCCUAAUCGGCAAGGGACAGGAACCAUAUCUGUAUGUGUUGUCUAUAACUGUAUCUUUCCUUUCUGGAAACUCUUAAUGGACUAACAACUGGCAGUUCUCAGACUACCACUUUCAGCAGCGCUGAGCUAGAGGGCAGUAGGUCCUUGACCACUCACGAAGACACCACUGGAUGACUUCAGGUGCAGUGGCGGAAGAGAAGAAUAAUUUAUUUGCUGCUAACUUCUUCAGAUAGGCCUUCCAGUGGCCUCUGGCUCAUAUUCAUUCAGACUCACUCUGUGAGAAAACUCAGUUUUCUGCCAACAUCACUAGCUUCCAUCCUACCUCUUUCAUCACUUCCAACUACAUAGAAAACCUAGUGGGUACUUUGAGUCUUCUUCAUGGGAGGAGACGCUACACAGAUUAUCUCUGAUUUUUUUUUUUAAAAAACCCACAUUCAGAGUGAUCUCCACUUGUGCUGUCUCUGCUUUAAGUGUUACCUAUGCCUUCAAGGGAAGGGGAGAGAGGUUAGUGGGAUGUUGCCUGAGUGUUCAUUGAUGGCAAAUGGAUGACCUGUACCUGCUUCACUUAUUUCACUUGACGAAGAGGUGGAACCCAAGACUGGAAAAAAAAUAUAUCAGCAACUGACAAAUCAUGCCUCACUGGAAAAACCACUUCAGUUAUAUCUUAACACCAGCAGAAGAAUUAGAUUCCACUGGCCACUUUAGCUUUCAGAUUUGGCAUUGUGGUCAGAAUUAAAGCAUCUAGAGAGCAACAAAAAUGGCAAGGGACACUAUACUUCAAUGGCUCUUAAUGUCACCUGCUGGCAGUACAAAUCAAGUUCUUUUUCAUGGUCACUGACUUAGGCUGCAUCUACACUUCAGAAUUAAUGCAGUUUGACACUGCUUAAACUGCCAUGGCGCAGGGAUAUGGAAUUGUGGGAUUUAUAGUUUGAGAAAGUCAGUCUCUGGUGCCACAACAAACUACAAAUCUCAGGAUUCCACAGCAUUGAGCCAUGGAAGUUAAAGCUAUGUCAAACUGCAUUAAUUCUACAGUAUGGCAGCAGCUCCUCAUGUAUGGCUUGUUCUGUACUUGUGUAGAACUUCUUGAAAACUUAAGGAAUUGAGCAAAGCAUUUGGGUCCAUGCACCCUUCAAAAUCUUUAUCAGUAAAGCCACAUUUUUUUCUUAAAAUGGCUCUUGACACCCUUUUUGAUGUCAUUAAGAAUAAGAAUGAUUACACUUGUCUAUUGUCAGUGUCUGGUAUCUAAUAUUCAGCAUAGCAGAAGCUUUUUCCCCAUCAAUACCUAGCAGAAAAACAAAGCUUUUGUCAACAGAGGCUUACAUGGAUAUUUUUUUCCUUGAAUUUAUAACAAUAAAUAGACGGGAUGUUUCUCUGAAGUUCACUCCAUCACUGCAUUUUGCCCAGUGAAUGGAGAUUCCUUCUCUGUCAUUCUCUGAAUGUCAUACUCCAUUGAAACAGCUGAGCUCAUGCAAUUAAAGAUUUAAAGAAUUUUGUUCCUUGCCAAUGGCUGCCUUCAUCUGUAGUAACACAGAACCAUGAUUUUUGGUUUUUGUAUAGCAAAGCCUGAAUUAUUGCCCUAUUUCUGUGACUUCACAGAAGAUUGUAAUAUCUGUUUUGAUCAAGUGUUGGAAAGACAGUGCUUAUGCUAGAAGUAAUAAAUAUAAGCGAAUCCAGGUAGCUAACUUGGUGCAGUACUUACCUUAGUACGAGAAAAUCAAAGCAAGUUCAGAAAAGUAUGAGAGGUUUUUUCACUAUGCUUUUUCCAAGUUGAACCUUGGUAAGAUUCCAACUGAGUCAUGUCUGGAUUUCUAUAUUCUAGAGCCUUUUUCAGCUAAUUAGUUUGUCUAUCAAAGAUAGGAUAAAGUGGCCUAAAGAUUAUUACUUUUACUGACUUAACCUUAUAGACAAAAUAAAAUACACACCAUUAUCCAGUUAACUACAAACAUUUCCUUUUGGAGAUAAGCAGGGAUGAGGAGUAUCCUGUCCUCCAGAUACUUGGCUACAACUUCCACUCUGCCUUAACUCUUGGUCAUGUUGACUGGAGUUUUUGGGACCUGUAGUUCUAAACAUCAAGAGGACCAAAUGUUCCACAUUUUGGGGGUUAAGGUCUCCAGCCAAUUGCCACAUCAUUGUUUCUUUAGAAAGGUUAGUGUUGUGUCUGCAGAGAUGAAAAUGAUACUGAGCUUCCCAUGCUAAGAGAAUAUUCAGAGGAGUAUAAUAUUCAGGGAAGGAGUGUGGCUUAAGGAAAAAAAUAAUAAUGGUAGAGGUAACACUGAAGCCAAAAAUUAAAACUUGAAACAAUGGGGAUGCACAACUACGUCUGUUUCAUUUUUUCAAUAUUGCUGUUAUGACUGCGCAUUUGCUGAACGAAGUGCAAGUCCUUUAUACAUGUUCAUGAGCUGUAAGAAUCAAUGACCAUUUCAGACCACCUCUCCCUUGUACAUGUUAUUACUGACUUACUAACCAACCCAGAAGGCAGCAAAUUCAGGCCAUGUUCAUAUCCAGCUGUUGAACCCCAUUAAUAUUUGUUCAGUGGUAAAGUUGAAUUUGGUACUCUGUACUAAGAACCAAUGGACUUUAUUACUACUGGCCGAUUUAAAAAGUCAAUUUAAGACAAAUUUGUGUGUUCUCUGGCUCCUGGUUAAGUACAUGGAGUGUAAUUACUAUCUCUAUAAAAUAAAAAGUGGAUAUAUAAUUUAAAAAAAUUAAUACAAGAAAGAAAAUUAUGUGAGACCUUUGUUUUUUGAACGAAAGUAUAUGAUUCAGCUUUUCCAGGAAGCCUUUGGAAAGACUUCUAGUAAUGGUAAUAAAAUUUAUUCGGUCUUUGACCAGUAUAAAAGACUUCUAGUACUGUAACUAGAGGUACAGCUACACUGUACAAAUAAUACAAUUUGACACCGCUUUAACUUCCAUAGCUCCAUCCUACAGAAUCCUGGAGUUAGUAGUUUUGUGAGGCAUCGGCACUCUUUGACAGAGAAGACUAAAGACCUUGUAAAACUACAAAUCCUAGGAUUCCAUAGGAUGGAGCUAUUGCACUUAAACUGGUAUUAAACUGCAUUAUUUCUACAGUGAAGGUGCAGUCUUUGUCAAAGAAUUUAUUGAAAUAAUUGAGUAUUUAGCACUUAUUUACCCUUUCCAUUGUUGUUUGACUUGGUUUUUUUUAAAGCAUAUAACACUUUUGGGGAUGGCAUUUGUCACACCUGUUCUUUCCAUAUUGUGGUUACAUUUUAGUCUGCUUUUUCUCCAGUGGAUUUAUAAUGUCAUAGUGGACUUUUAACAACCCUGCAUAGUAGCUUUGACUGAAUUAUUAUAACUGGUCAGGGGUAGGUGUUUUCCAAAUGCUGUUAGACUGCAUCUUCCAGCAUUCUUCUUUGUUAGAUAUUCUGCCUAGAGAUGAUGGGAGUCACAGUCCAAAAACAUCCCGCGGACUGCAGAAUUCCCAUCUUUGAACUAGCCCAGGUUCAUCCAGAGAGCUUCUUGGUAAAUAUGGAUUUUGGCCUGUCUGUCCUCAGUUCUAGUCUAGACUACGCUUAUUCUCUAGACAUAAGUUAAGAGAGAGAGAAAAUGCUUUAACCAUUUUAUCCUCAGGCCAUGUCCAGUUAGAUACAAUAAAUAUCUGAUUUUCUUAA